AUGGCGCGGGGGGGGGGAGGGGGGCGAUACCAGCAGCCCCUUCCGCCGUGGGCCUCCGGGCAGAACCUGUGGACGGGCGUCGUCCACGCCUAUCACAUGCCCAUCCCGCGGGCUCCUGCACCGGGUGUUCGUCAUGCUCGCCCCGCGGGCCACCAGGCGUUCUUCAGCACCCCCCACCAGCCCUACGGUGCUCCCCUCGCGUCGCCACCCCUCGGUGGCUAUGGUGCCCCCGCCCAGGCGCCGCCCUACGGAGGCCAGCCGCCGCCGCUGCCUGUACCUGCACCGUGGGACCCCGCCCUCCUGGCCGCCCUGCACUCUGCGCUGUCGCCGAGUAACUAUGGCGGUGUAGGCGACUGGUACAUGGACUCAGGACGCCCGUACCCGGAUGGUGCUUCACCGCUGUGA